AUUUAUGUUAGCUUUUGCAGGCCAUGUGUGUCAAAUCUCUAUGUAAAAUCAUUACAAGCUGCCCUUCACGAGCCUCUUUGAGACUUCCAUUAAUGAUUGAUUUAGUCUUGUGAUCGAUGAGGCCUAAUAGUCGUUAAUAAAUCCAGACCAACUUCUAUUAAUGGAGGAGCUAGAGCUUUCCUUUGGGAGGAAUUUGUUUCAUCCAUGCUAGCUCGAUAUAUGGGUGUAUAUGCUAGCAAGAACAAGAGCAAAGGGAUGGUGGAGAAGACUGUGUUUCUCCACAAGGAGAUGAAGGAGAUGGUGUAUGAGAGGGAGAAAGAGAGCAAGGCUUACGAGCGAGACAUGAUGGUUUUUGCAUUCAAGGAGGCGGAGUGGAAGCAAGAGAGGAAGAGGCUGAGAGAGGAGGUGAAGAGGUUGAGGAAGAUGGUGGAAGAGAAAGAAGAUGAGAUUAGAGGGAUGGGGCAGAAGAGUGAGAAAGAGGUGGGAUUGUUGGGCACUAGCAGCUUCAUGGUGGAGCGAAUGAGAGAGGAGAGAGCACGGCGUGAUCAGGCCGUGGACAAGUGGAAGCAGCUUUAUCUUGCCAUUAAGACUGAGCUUGAUGAUCUCAUUCAGAGGACAGAUCGGGAGGUACAGUAUUGGAGAGCGGAGGAAGAAGACAUGAUAGAGGAGUUACAGAAAGCAAUGGUUGCAAAGGAAGAGACCAUCAGAGGCUUAAAAGCGCAACUAGCUUCCAUAGAGCAUGAGGACUACAAGAAGGAACGGGAGAUUGACAUAUUGAGGCAAAGCUUACGAAUCAUGAGCAGUAAGAAGACCAAGAAUCUUCCCUGAAUUGUUCGUACCUUUGACUACUUAAAAAAAUCUCAACAUUGUCGGUGCACAGAAAAUCACUGCGGUAAAAAUAGAAUAAUGCAUAAUUGGCGUACUCGAAACAAUUACAGUGUAAAAGCACAGUUGAACGAGGUAGUGGGUAAUUGUCGUGAACAUAUAUAUAUGGGAACAAAUUCUCCUUCAACCAAAGUCUGGAUUUUUUAUUUA